GAGCCUAGAUAGAUAUUAUGGCUCCCCCCAGAUGUCUUCUUCCUUCCCGGUGCUUCCUGGGACCACUCUUGCUGGGAAUGUGAGAGACAGCCAGGAUGGGCGGGUCAUUGGCACAACGGGACGAUGGAAGCACAACCUCUAUGACCAUCGCAGUGCGGAUCAUUGUGCUGGUGCUGGCAAUUCCGACAACCCUGGUGUGUCUGCUUCGUCUGUAUCUGCGCAAAUUUGUCGUGAGGCAGUUUGGCCUGGACGAUUGGCUGGUCUUGGCUGGUCUCAUUGGGGUGGAUCUGUUCUCUGCGCUGGCGUACAUCAUCACAUACUAUGGGUUAGGCCGGCCACUGAAAUAUGUCCCUAACGACCAUCUAGCGGUGUUUCUCACGCUCGAAUAUGCCUCGCAAUGCGCCUACCUAGUCAUCGCCGCCACUGUGAAAGCCAGUCUGCUGGUUUUCAUCAUGCGGCUGUUCCCGACCAACUCCGUCCAAGUCGCCGGGAAAACGCUCCUCGGUAUCAUCGCGGCCUUCACCCUCUCGGGGACCCUUGCGCUGGUCUUCCAAUGUCGCCCCGUCAUGGCAGCCUACGAUAAGACCAUCGGCAAUGCCACUUGCUAUCCCACAGAGACAUCGUAUGGAAUCCUCCUGAUGCAAGGGGUCAUAAUGUUCGUGCUGGAUGUGUCGAUUCUGGCGCUUCCCAUACGGCCCAUCUGGCAGCUGCAGAUGCCUGUAAGGAAGCGGCUACUUGUGCUAGGACUGCUCUGUAUUGGCUUCACGGCAUGUGUUGCCGCACUGGUGCGGUUCUCGACACUGAAAUUUGCCAAUGACACCACUAACUUCACCUACUCGGCUUCCACAUCCCUUAUCUGGAUGGAGAUUGAAUUCAACCUGGGUCUGAUAUCGGGAUCUCUUCCAUCCUUGCGCAAACUGUUUCGCUUUGAUCCCCCGAGGUCGAAGAGCUACUCCACAGAAGGGCUAUCAAGUCAUCAAUCGAAUUUCGAGCUAAGCCGGAAUAGCUGGACGAUAGGAGGGAUUACAAAGAAAACGGAGAUCAAGAGAGUGUAUGACUACGAUGCGAGCGAGAGCCAGGAGCACAUUGCUCCGAUUUACGGGCAGGGCGAGUUGACCACGACUACCAAAGCCUAUGCGGAGAGCGAGACGAACUCGGCCAACAACGUCUGAAGUUUUGUUUAGUAGUGAUUCUGCUGCACAGCGAACACUCCCGGGCUUACUGGUCAGCAUAGAUU